AUGACGAACCUGAACAGCCGAUCAGGUCUGGGAAAUUCGGCUGCCAGUGCAGCUGUAGCAGUUGCGGCAAUGGCCGCUGCCGCCUUGGCCGCGGCUGGCGCUGCUGCGGCUGCAGGGCUCGCAGUGCUGCUUGCAACGAGUGCCGCCGUGGUGACGGGCAGCGCCAGGGCUGCCGCGACCUCGGAGAGCUCGCGGCCGGCGGAGCCAUGUUGGGCUUUCUGUGAGGAUGAGGACAAGUUGAGCACUAGCUUUGCUACUGUCUUGCCCACAGGCUCUCACCACGUGGAGCUGGAUGACUUACCUUCCACGCUUAUCCCGUAUUCCGACGAGCCAACCAAGGUGCGCAAAGUACGGUUCAAUCUCACUUUGACCACGGUACAUGAAGUCACUCCCUACUCUGAAGUCUACGGCAUGCACCCGCGGUUGCUGAAAGUUCAACCGGGCGAAUUCUACUUGCAGCCAGCCCCUCGACGAGAUGAUCGCAGUGACAGCGAAGAGGAGGACGGCUUUCCCGAUAGCCGCUUGCUUGCACUUGGUGGAGGUAUGCAGAGUUAUCCACAAAUGACUCGCCAGUUCCUGCUGAGAGCGCUGCCAAAGGCAUGGUGGAAGCUCUGGCCACUUUUGUUUGCCGCAUUUUGGCUUCGUGCCUUCGGUGUCAAGACGGUGCUGGAGACAGCGGCUCGGCGGGCAGCCGUCCUCACGGAGUUUGGAACCUUCGAGCUUCGGUGA